ACUACGCGAAACGUUGCGCCGAUUUAGAGCGCGCCCAAGGCCGGGGCGGCAAUCGUGCGUUGGCGAGCGGCCGCCGCUUGAUAAGCGGCGCGCUGUGCGGCUGCGCGGCCGUCGGUCGGAGGGUCUCGGCCGAGCAGGCGCUCCGUCGGUGUCCGCACAUCCCGGCCGCAGCACGCGCGCCCUGCACCGCUCAGGAGAUGUCUUCGCUCUCGUACGUACCCGUGGAGCCGUACUCUGCCGACUCGGACUGGCGGUACCGAGCCGAGGGCGGCGCCAACAUCGUCAUCAGCAUGCCGCACCAAGGACGCGUGCUGCGCUUCCCCAAGACGGCACACGCCGAGCCUAUCCAGGUGGCCCGCCUGCGCCGCCUGGCCGAUUACCGCAACUUCGUGAUCGCGCCGCUGCUGGGAGAGCUGGGCGGAUCGCCGUGGCAGGUGGUACGCCUCUCGGAGGAGGACCGGCGCCGACUGGCGACCGACAUCGAGCCGAGCAGGCCGCCACGGCGUCGCGGCAACGCCAUCAACCCCGGAGGACUGGCGCUGAAGAUGGACGACUGCGCGGUGUUUCCGUCGCCGGCGGCCCCGCUGGCACCGCCCACGGCGCCGCCGCAUGUGUUCAGCGUAGAGAUCAAAGCGAAACAGGGCUUUCUGUGUGCAGAUGAUGAUCUGGGCGUGUGCAGCUUCUGCAUGAAGCAAUACCUCAAGCUAAAGCGCGGUACGGUACAACAGGUGAGUGGCUACUGUCCACUGGAUCUCUUUUCGGGCGAGUUCGACCGAUUUGACCGCGCGUUGCGGUCGCUACUGGACAGUCCGCAGAACAACCUGCGGGUGUUUCUGGACGGUGAGUUUGUGUACGGGGCUGGCGCCAGAGGUGACCGCGACCAGCUGCUGGACGCUGUGGCUGAGGUGAUGGCGGAGCGACGGCCGCCGCAGGCCGACCGGCUUCUGAAGCUGUGGACGCGCCUCAUGUUCACCGUGCUCUGUACCAACGACAGCCAGAGCGUCCUCCAAGAGGAGGAGGAGGACGAAGAGUCCUGCCGACCGGCCGGCUGCUGCGUUCCCGGCGCCGGCCUGCCUCCCCGUUCGUUCCUGGGACGCGUGCUGCGCGGUCAGCGCCUGGCGGCCGCCGGGCCGACCCAGACCUCGCAGCUGCUCGACCAGAUGACGGCAGCCGAGCCCAACCGCGUGGAGGAGGCGUUCCGCACGCCCUUCUCGGACCCGCUGUGGACACGGGUGGUGGCCGACGCCGACAUCGAGCCCGUCGACGCGCUCGAGGCUCUCCAGAGGUACAGCAUCGGCGCGACGAUGCGCGACGCGUCGCUGAUGAUCACGAUGCGCCGGGCGAGCGACGGAGAGGUGGACGCCGGCCUGCGCCAGGUGACUGACUCUGCCGGCCACCGGUGGGUGGUGCUCUGUCGUCUGAUGGACCUCGACCCGAAGCACGUGCGUCGCGUCAGCCGACAGCGGCUCAAGAAGGAGAAGUCCAAGGAGCUGUACCUUCGCGCCCGGCACCCGCGAGGAGAGGCGAACCGUGGCGUGCCCAUCCCGUGUAGUGUCAGCGACGAGGGCAUCGACCAUCUGCUGGCUGUGUCAGGGUCUCCGAUGUGAAGAGACGGCAUCCACCGCCUGCUGGCUGUGUCAGGGUUUCCGAUGUAGAGACGACUCAACCGCUUGUUAGCUGUGUCCGAGGAUCCGCGACGGAUGAUCGGUGGGUGCAAGGGACGGGGGAUGACCGUAGACGUUUCGUUUAACCCUCGCCCUGGCAGGGCAUUUUUCAUAACUCGGCCUGGCAGGGGGGGGGGGGGGGUCGAUGCGACCCCCCCUCGCGAUUGGCUCCUAUGGCACCUAGAAACACCAAAUUUGGUAGGUAGGUGGGCCCCCUGGAGUUCUCACCCCUGUGCAAAUUUGGUUGCUCUAGGUCAAUAUUUAGGGGGGUUUUGGGGGGGUAUAAAUGUAAAAAUUUCGCUAAAAACAGGUCAAAAGUUUUUCGCUUAUAACUUUUGAUUAAAAUAAGAUAGAGCAAAAAGAAAAGCACCAGUGAACUCAGCACGUCAAGGCGCAUCGAAUGAUAUACUUUUUAGCUUGGUUAAGUGUACUUAAAGUUUUUCUUAAAUUUUAAGUAAACUUAAAUUAAUAAAUUAAGUUAAAGUUAACCGAAUUGCAUCAUAUCGCAUAUCAUUCGACUCGGCUGAUCACCAGGAACACAAUGGUACCAUUUUUAAGCUCUAGCGUCAUUAUGUGCCAAGUUAUUGGCAGAAACGUCAUUUGACCUCAGUUGACCUCAUUUGACCUGACCCAUGGAUAAGUACACCAAACAAAGAAGCACCAAGUGACCUGCUGUUAAGUACUGUGGUUUCAAAGCACAAAAGUGAUAGAACGAAGCGGAUAUCUCCAGUAUUUUCCGAAUUUAGUAUUUUCCCAUAGGCUUAACACUACGACGUAAUGACCUAUAACUGACCUCAGGUCAGUGACCUCAAAAAGCCAAACUAUAUGUUAUACAACUCGGUGAACUUAGCACAUCCUGAAAGUUUGAAGGAAAUCAGUGCAAAACUGUGAGUUGGACAGGUGCAAAAAGAAAAUUGAAAUUUGACCAUGACCUUGUACCGGUUUUACUGACCUGGUGACCUGACCCAAGGUCACCCGGACCUGAAAUUUUCAGGUCAUAUGUAAAAAGGUUGCCCCAUAGGCUGUGCCAAAUUUGGCGGCGCUGCCCGCCGCCGUUUUUACGCUAUCUUCGAAAAACCUUAGGGGGGUCGCAUCGACCCCCCCCCCCUGCCAGGGCGAGGGUUAAGACACAUAAUUUCAAAUGGUUUUAAGUUCCUGGAAGAUGGUUUACGCAGGUGACCUUGUCUGGGUAGUGCGGAUCUUUCUUUGGCGUGAGCCUCGUUGAUACGUUCGUACUAAAUGACGGAAUGCAGUGGACAUUCUGAACAUGCUCCUAAGAAUUUCGAAAAGUCGGAACAUGUCAUCGUGAUAUCUGAUUGCUACAAAGCUAAUUGAUAUAUGCGUAUUGAUUUCAUACAUACAUAGACCGAUAAUGUGCGGAUCGGUCCCAAGUGGAAGUGCAACUGAUGUAGAAACAUCCGAAUGGUAUGACCGUGUGUCCAAAACAGACCGUAUAGUAUGUUGGGUGCUCUUCUUUGCCGCAAAGCUCUUCUGGUCGAGUAAAGGACUGGGCCUUCUUAGGCUUUGGAAUUAUGUUUGAGCUGACAUUGACAAUGAAAAAACUUGUCCUUCAAGAAUACCAUGGCUGUUUGUAUUACAGCAUGUAUUUUUAAACUCAAUGUGCAUUUUUACUUUUCAUGAGAACCAACAGGCAUGCAUAAACCACAUUCAUGUGGUGUUUUAACAUUUAAGUGGUAAUUUGUUUAUCCAAGGGCGUAUCGCAUCGUUUCCUAUCUCAUGGUAUGACACAUUCGCAUUUUUACCUGGCAUGCGCUUUGGCGGAAAAGUAUGUUAAAUUGUUAUUGCUUUCUCCCUUCUUGCUCGGUGGUUCUGGAGCUACGAGUAGCUAGACUGUUCAACUUCCCCAUUCAGCCAUCCACCUGAUCAAUGUCUGGCUGAGAAACAACAUGAAAAUGCGCAAUGUCUGUCACAUGUGCAGAAUGACUACUGACGAGCCGCUGGCCUAGGAGUCUGAGCAAUUGCGCCGUCAGUGGGUCAGACGCCGACCCAAUGACGAUGGAUACGCGCUGACCCAGCCGGUCCUUUGAGACCGAGCUGUCACGUGCUGAUCACAUGAGUCGCGCCAAGGAUGGCCUCCGCUGAGACGUGCCUCGCAAUAUGUCCUUGGUCUCAGGUGUUUUGUUGGAAAUGUUUGUCCAUCGCCUGCUUCCGGCUCGGUGCGUUUUUGCUGAGAAUGAGUGGAUCGAGGAGAAUAACGCUGUUUUAGUGAGCUCGGACUCGGACCGACCAGAAAGUCGCCAUAUUGCUAAACGACUGCUUGUGGCUCGAAUGGUUGACUGAAUGUGAAAUGUCAUUUACCGGGAGUGUUUGCACUGCGAAAGUGACGAGAGAUCUUCGACGGGGGCAGUGGUGAUGGGAAAUGUAGGUGCUAUUGAAUAGUCUGAUAAGAGUGUUACGUAACAACUUGACUGAUCCAUCUCACCAUGCAAGCCGUCCUCACCAUGUUCUACCGGCCUACCCUGGGCUCGUGCCCGCCGGUUCGCCGGUCAUUUGUUGGUCUCUGUACCACAAAGACAAGUGCAAAAUGUCGUGCCAUGUCACUAUCACGCGCGCCUGAACGUUGCGUGGUUAUUAUUCUAUAUUCGCUCGCUCCAUGUGCCGGUUGAUUAUAAGAGAAUGCAAGUUGUUAGCCCGGUGCGUUAAUGUAGAACCGUGUAUACAGGACUGUGAGAGCCGUCUUUCCGGCCUGUCUUUCGAGAAAAUAAAUAAAUAUACAUGACAUA